AUACUAUCAGUGUCUUUCAAAAAAUUUUACUAAGGAAAGGUUGACUAUUUAAUAGAAUAAUAUUCCUCCACAUUCAAGACGCCCUCGACGCAUUUGAAAUAAAACGUUUCAGUCAGGUGUCUGCCUGGGACAUAAGCGAAGAAGGAAGGAAGUGGAAGUUAAACCUCUCGCUUCCCCUCGUCCUGCCUCCUUUGGGCUAGCUACAUCCAUGUGAAGCUAGUUUAGAGCCCUGCUCUAAGAAAAAGUGAUACUAUUUUUAUACAACUCGGACACAGCUGGCUCGCUAAUUGUGCUGAAAAUGUCAGUGUUUAGCCUCGCUGUUAAACGGACAUGCCGCGGCGUAUCACAGAAAAUCAUUCGGCCUUCAUUUAAUCUGUUAACAAACGAUGGUUACUCAGCAACAAACAUGGAGAACUUCCGCAGAAGAAGAAACAGCUGCUCGCGGAGCCACAUCACAAAUGUAACGCGUCUGUUGAGCUCUCAACCUCAUAACCCCAAGGUACCAGAGGUUGCAACAUGGGAACCAGUAUCAGAGGACCAACUUCCCCCGCCUGCCCAAAUCCCUGCUGACCUGGUGGACAAACUAGAGCGACUGGCCUUGGUUGAUUUCCGCACCAAACAGGGAGUGGCCUGUUUGGAGAAAGCUGUACGAUUUGUAGAUCAGCUUCAUGUUGUUGACACGUCGGGGGUUGAACCGAUGGAUUCAGUUCUAGAGGACAGGGCAUUAAACCUGAGGGACGAUGCCGUGGUGGAGGGGGACUGUGCUGAAGAACUGCUUCAGCUCUCCAGAAACACAGUGGAAGAAUACUUCGUGGCUCCACCAGGAAAUAUUCCUCUACCGAAGAGGGAGGAGAGGGCCGCCAUGCUGAAACACUCAGAGUUCUGAUGUUUAUGACUUUGUCCUCUAUUUAUUACUAAUUUUCCAUUUGGGAAGUUGUGUAAAAUAAAAACCUGCUUAUUUUUCAGUUUCAUUUGACACCUGUGGUUAAAUCUUGUUUCAGUAUCAUUUUAUUGAAUUGUGAUGUGUUAUGAGGACAUUCAGCGCAAUGGCAGUACACAGUUUUCAUGUGUUAUUUAUGAUCUUCAUGUGUCUAGUGUUGUUUAACUUUAAACAACCUUAAUCUCUCUUUCUGUUUUGUUUCCCUAGAAGACAUGUUUUUGUUUGGCUAAAAUACCCUGUGACGUGUUAGCCUCAUUUCUUCUGAUGAAAUGAUUUGGCCUUUCCUUGUUAGAACUACAAUGUCCUGAUUUGACCUCAUGCCAUCCAAAAGUCCCCUGUUAAUCUAAAGUUACCUGUAAUUAAUUUACACUAAGAGCUGUUCCUCCACUGCCCCACAGUACUCUUUAUUGCAUUAUUACUUAUUACUUAUUUUAUUACAUUGUAUUAUACUGUACUAUACUUAUCAACUGGUAAAUCCACUUUACACUUAGCUUUAUAAUUUAUAUCCACUUUUGUACUUAAUUUAAAUUUGCUGUAUUAUAGUGUAUCAUAUUUUGAUUUGCACAUCUCUUAUUUCUUACUAGAAAUAAAUGUCUCUGCGGAAUUAUUUUAUUAUUAUUUCUAUUUCUACUCCUGUGUGCACUGACGUGAUAGUGAUCAGCUGUAAGCCUCCAUAUACCCGAGUCAUAUGUUCGGAGAAUAGAAAUUGAAAGUUAUGAAGGCAGGAACGGAAAACGAAUGUGAAGUAAAGGGGGCGGCGUCGACCAGCGAGGCAGCCUGUUUAUAAGCUGCGGGGAGCUGAAGCCUCUGACAGCUGCUGCUGAGCAUCGCGUGUUCACCUGUCGCCGUCUGAAGACUCCAAGUUUUCCGGAGGAGUUUGCUAACGUGAUCAAAAGGCCACUUUCAUCAUGGAUAUUACCAUUGUUAUGCUGGAUGGGACGUCCCACACCCUGACGGUGCACCCACAGGACACAGUGGGCUCUCUGAAAACACGCAUCCAGGAGAAACUCGGAGUCCCCGCACAGAGGCAGAAGCUGGUGUUUGUCAACGGCCAGAGGACACCUCUCAGCGACGACCUGAAGCCUGUCAGCGGCUACGGCUUGCGGCCUGGUUCCCAGGUGUCUCUGCUGGUGACACAGCCGGCCACCAUCCAGGUGCUCCUCAGAAACGAGAAGGGGCAGGUGAGCACCUAUGAUAUCAAACCCGACGAGACUGUGAGCGACUUCAAGAGCAAGGUCCAAUGCAGAGAGGGGGUCCCGGUGACCCAGCAGAGGCUCAUUUACCAAGGCAGGGAGAUGAUGAAUGGUAAACUUGCGGACUACAACGUCGAAGCGCUGAGCACCAUCGACCUGACGUUCCGUCUGAGAGGAGGCUGAGGACACUUCAUAUAUCAGAAAGUGAAUAAUUUGUACAUAGUUUUUUUCAAUAUAAAUGAAGUAUUUCUUAUUUAUUUGUAUUUCCAUUUCUAAAAAAAAAUCAGUGCAUUCCUCUGUGUAAUUCUGUCAUGUCUUAAAACUUGUUUUGGCUUAAUAUAUUAAUUUGUUUUGACAAUAAAAAUAUGUCAUACACACAA